AUGGCGUCGUCAGACCGCACGUGGAUCUCGGACGGGCUGAUCAAGCUGACGGGCGCGACGGACGCGACGCUGGUCGACUUCGUCGCGGCGACGGCCAGCUCGGCGGCGGCGCGCGGGCCCAAGCACCUGCGCGACAAGCUGGCCGACCUGCUCGAGGACGCGGCGGCGCCCGCGGCGCUGCAGCAGUUUGCCGACGAGCUGUACGCGCGGACGACGACGAAAGCUAGUGGUGGUUCUUCGGAAAAGAAGGACGCGAAUGCGGCGGCGAAGAAGAAGAGGUACGCGUUGGUGGAGAUGGAAGAUGAGCUGGCGGACGCGCCUGCGCCGGCGAGGGUGGAGAAGAAGGAUAGGUCGGAGCGGAGGAAGGAGAGGAAGAGGGAGAGGAGUAGGGAGCGUGGGGAGAAGAGGGAGAGGAGUAGAGAUCGUGGGGAGAAGAGGGAGCGGAGCCGUGAACGUGGCGGUGGAAGGAGGGAGAAGAAGGUGCGGAGGAGGGACGAUGGGGAUUGGGAGGAUAGGUGGGGUGAUGAGGAGUAUUAUGAGGACGAAGAGCCGCUCGAGGAGUCGAGUCCGAAGCGCGUCAAGUUGCAAGAUGGAAGCGUGUCACCCGCACAGCCGGCGGAGGAGGAAGAAGAGAUUGACGAGGCCGAGAGGGAUAAGAGGGAGAGGGAGGAAUUCGAGAAGAGGCUGAGGGCAAAGGAUGAUAAGGACUCAAAGAAGGUCGUCGAGGACCGUACACAGGCCAAGGAUGCCGCACGGAGGAGAGCGCUCGCAGACGACGAGCAGGCCAGGGAGGCGGCUCUGGGCGACCUGCGGUUACGCUCGCGGCAGGAAUACCUCAAGAAGAGAGAAGCGGAGCAGCUCGCGUUGCUGAGGAAGCAAGUUGCGGAGGAAGAAGAGGAAGAGCGGAGAGCGGGUCCUGGCGAGCUGACCCAGGCCGAGCUCGACGAAUUCGCGAGGAACAGGGAAACCUUGCGCCUCGCCGAAGAGCGCCUCCGCGUGGACGAGCACACCGAUGGCUACGCACUUCCCGAAGACUACAUCACAGAGAAAGGAAAAAUCGACCGGAAAAAGAAGGAAGAGGCCCUCUACAAGCGCUACGUGGACCGCGAUGAGUACGGACGGGAGAAGUACGUCACGGAGCAAGAAGAGUGGGAGCGGGAACAGGCUGCGAAAGCAAAAGCCCAGAUCCUGCGUCCAGAGCGCGUUAACGAAGGCGAUUACGAGUUCGUCUUCGAUGAUACGCAAAAGAUCAACUUCGUCAUAGACCAGGCGUUGCCCGGACAGAAGAUGAACAAGGAGCAGCAGCGGUUGGCGGCGCAAAUCACCGCCGCCGAGGCAAAGGCCAAGUCGAUCGAGGAGACUCGGAAAUCGCUCCCCAUUUACUCGUGGAAAGACCAGUUGAUGGAGGCGAUUGCCAACUACCAGUGUGUUGUUGUGGUCGCAGAGACCGGUUCCGGAAAGACGACGCAGAUUCCGCAGUUCCUACACGAAGCCGGAUACACCUCGAAAGAGGAGAACGGAAAGUCCAAGAAGAUGGUAGCGUGCACGCAACCGCGAAGAGUUGCCGCCAUGUCCGUCGCUGCGCGUGUGGCCGAGGAGAUGGGGGUGAAGCUGGGUAAGGAGGUAGGGUACUCGAUCCGUUUCGAGGACAACACGGAUCCGAAGAACACGAUCGUCAAGUUCAUGACAGAUGGUAUGCUGUUGCGGGAGUUUCUGACCGACCCUUCUCUCGAGAGCUACAGCGCCAUCAUCCUCGACGAGGCGCACGAACGCACUCUCGCUACGGACAUUCUGUUUGGCUUGCUCAAGGACAUUGCCCGAUUCAGGCCGGAUCUGAAGCUCAUCAUUUCUUCGGCUACCGUCGACGCUCAGAAGUUUAGUCAGUACUUUGACGAUGCUCCCAUCUUCAACGUACCGGGUCGUCGAUUCCCCGUCAGCAUCUACUACACUCCGCAGCCCGAAGCAAACUACCUGGCUGCCGCCGUCACCACCGUUUUCCAGAUUCACCUUAGUCAGCCACGCGGCGACAUUCUCGUGUUUUUGACGGGUCAGGACGAGAUCGAAACCAUGGCGGAAGACCUGGCAGAAACGUCGCGGAAGCUAGGUUCUGCAGCCCCAGAACUCAUCAUUUGCCCCAUCUAUGCAAACUUACCACAAGAAGAACAGGCCAAAAUUUUCGAGCCCACCCCGCCGGGCAAGGUCAGGAAGGUGGUGCUCGCUACUAACAUUGCUGAAACUUCCUUGACCAUCGACGGCAUCGUGUAUGUCAUCGACCCCGGAUACGUCAAGGAGAACGUGUACAACCCCCGCACCGGCAUGGAGUCUCUGGUCAUCACGCCGUGCAGUAGAGCUUCGGCCAACCAGAGGGCAGGUCGUGCUGGCAGAGUCGGACCCGGACACUGUUUCCGGUUGUACACUCGCUGGGCCUUCUUUAAUGAAUUAGAGGCCAAUACUACGCCUGAAAUUCAGAGGACCAACCUCUCCAGCACGGUGUUGUUGUUGAAGAGUUUGGGCAUCAACGACCUGGUCGGAUUCGACUUCAUGGAUGCACCUCCGGCCGACACUCUGAUCCGGUCUCUGGAACUUCUCUACGCUUUGGGAGCUCUGAACGACAAGGGCGAGCUCACAAAGAGGGGCAGACAGAUGGCCGAGUUCCCCGUGGACCCGAUGGUUUCAGCAGCGAUCCUCAAGGCUGACCAGCUGCAGUGUGUGGAAGAAGUGUUAAGUAUUGUGUCGAUGCUUGGCGAGUCGGCGGCGCUCUUCUUCCGGCCCAAGCAGCAGAAGAUUCACGCCGACUCUGCUCGCGCGCGCUUCACGAUCAAGGAGGGCGGCGACCAUCUCACGCUGCUCAAUAUCUGGAACCAGUGGGUCGACUCGGACUUUAGCUAUGUGUGGGCCAAGGAGAACUUCCUGCAGCAAAAGUCGUUGUCUCGAGCGCGCGACGUGCGUGAUCAGCUGGCGCGUCUCUGCGACCGGGUUGAAGUGACCAUCACGUCGUGCGGGGCCAACGAUCUCCAUCCGAUCAUGAAAUCGCUCGUGGCAGGCUUCUUCCCCAACGCGGCGCGUCUGCAACGCGGCGGUGACAGCUACCGCACGGUCAAGAACGGCAUGACGACGUACAUCCAUCCGUCAUCGGUGCUCACCAAGACGGGCGACAGCCCGCACCGGUUCGUGAUGUACUACGAGCUUGUGCUGACUAGCAAAGAGUACAUGCGUAACGUCAUGCCGAUACCUACGCCGGCGUGGCUCAACGAGGUGGCGCCGCACUACCACAAGAUGAAGGAUCUGGAAGGGCUGGGGGCGGAGAACAAGAAGAUGCCGAAGGGACAGAAGCUGUAG